AUGGCAGCGCGACACGAUCCGUGGUGGCCGCGCUUGUUACUGUGGAGCUUGUGGCGGGGUCGGGGGCCCCCGCAAAGCCGGGUGUCCUGCCACGGCUUAGAAGCGAGGACUUACUCCCGGGGCGACGGCCCGUACUCGCGCACGGCGCUGUAUGAGCUGCUCGGCGUCCCGCCCACGGCGACGCAGGCGCAAAUCAAGGCCGCCUACUACCGGCAAAGCUUCCUCUACCACCCGGACCGCAACGCGGGGAGCGCCGAGGCCGCCGAGCGCUUCACGCGUAUCUCCCAGGCCUACGUGGUGCUGGGCAGCGCCACCCUGCGCCGCAAGUAUGACCGCGGCCUGCUCAGCGACAUGGACCUGCGCGGACCCGGCGUCCGGCCCUCCGCGGCGCCCUCCGCGGACUCCGGCCCGGCCCGCGCCCCGUCGCCCGCCUCUCGCGCCCACAGCUCGGGUCAGGCCGCCCCGGGCGCCGACCGCACGAUGUUCAACUUUGACGCCUUCUACCAGGCGCACUACGGGGAGCAGCUGGAGCGGGAGCGCCGCCUGCGGGCCCGGCGGGAGGCCCUGCGCAAGCAGCAGGAGGAUCGGGCCAAGAAGGGCUUGCGCUGGGACGAGAUCCGAGACACGGCUUUAGUCGUCUUUCUCCUCGCCGUCUUCAUCGUCAUAGGCAUUCGUUCUUAACCGCGGGAGAAGGCGAGGGGAGCAGCCCCCCAGCCCGACCCCAGAAAACGGCCUUUCCCGUCUUGAACCCUUCGCUUUCCACAGUCUACCUCUGCUGGGGUCCGAAGGAACCGCUCUCCCCCUUCGCUUCCCCGCUCGCCCAGCUUAGCCUCUGACCCGCACCUCCUCUUCCCUGCGGCCCAGGAAAAGGAGGCUUUUCGGUGCCCGAGGAGACCCCUAUGUGGACAGCCCUGAAGGCCCGAGAGUGAAGAGUUUCCUGGAGUCCCCUGGGUGCCUGCUUCCAGGGGUCGCCUUCCGGCGGUUGUCAACUUCUGGAACACUUGGCUCUGGCUUUAUUGUCGAGCUCUGAGCAAAGAAAUGUCUGCUCCGGCCCCGUGUUUGUGCCAUGGAGCUCUGUAACCUUGAAACGUGCAAUGUGGCCAGUUGUUAGCGGCCAAAAGAAAAAUUCUGAGGUGUGCAACCUUGUCUUUCUGUGAGUUCCCCAAGCCACAGGUGAGACCCGACACAGGCUACACAUGUGAUAUAUAGAAACCUUGCGAUGGUCAGCCCCAAGCCCCUCUCCCGCUUCUGCUGUUGGCAUGAGGGAGUCGGGAAAAGCAAGGUCGGGGAGCAUAAAGAGUGAGUGUUCCUGAGCCCAUACUUAUCAUAUGCCCUUGAAGAAAGUUACUCUGUGGACAUGAGGGCAGAGAGCAAACCAUUUGCUCUCUUGAGGUUUGUCACACUUUUAUUGUCCAUAGUUGGAAUGGGCUCAAUGGUUAAAACAUGCUAGUGGAGUCAGGUUUAUCCCUGGGAUAGUGGACCUGUCGCCUGGUUAUCCCUUUACCAGCUGGCCCUGUCCCUAACAGUGCAGGCAGUCCUCUCUCAGAAACAGAGCUCCUCUGAGUGUGGACCCUCCUGUUUGUCUUGAGUGCUUAUUGCAGGCAGUGCAGGCCAAGUCCCGGAAACGUGGUUGCUUGAGGCUGUGGGGAAUUUUGGGAGUGCGGAGUUGGUGGGACUGCUGAGGACGAGGAGUCCUGUGGUGGAAACCCCUGGUUUAGAACUGCCUGAGGCUUUUUUCCGUUUCUAAUUUGUGCUCAGCCCUUGGUCAGUCCUCACUUGGCUAGAGCAGUAGUAGUCAGGCUCUCUUAACCCUGAGUCACUGCACAUGGGGAGUGCAUGGCUGUGCGAUUGUCAGUGCUCGGAGACUGACACACUGGGGCUGCGUGUAAAGCUGUGGGAUAGGAAAACCUUUGCAAGAGAGCUACCACAAGGGCACAGGCCUAAGUCUAGAGGCUAAACAAAGCCAGAGGUGCUUUGGUAUAGUAAUACCAGUUCCUGUGUGAAAUCCUUGUAUAAAUCGGGAUCAAACCAUAGCUAGUUCACCUUGGGCUCUCCGAUUCUCUCUAGCCUUAGAUGUCGGGGGACAAGCCCUUAAUCAUGGCUUUGCAGUGACCACACACGGUUCAGUAGUAAAGAUUUGAGCCCACCCUGAUUCAGGCCCACAGUGCUCAGUGAGCCUUGAUCUGGGGGUGGGGCAUACGUACUUUGAAAAAGAACAUUUAAUGUUAUUAUGUUUCAUAUUUGAAAAACAAGAGGGAGAGUGUUCUCUUUUUUUGGUAAAGAAUUGUGAAUUUAUUAGGUCAAUCUGGAAAACCAGGUGGGCUGAGCCCCAAAAUGGCGCCAGCUGAGUGUUCUUUUUGAAAUAUAAACUACAAUAAGUGAAGCUUAGUAAAAUAUGCAGAAACUAGUGAUUCCCAACCAAGGAGUUGGGGCAUAACAGCGUCCUUUGGGCAAGAUUCUAUCAGAAGGAGUUGGAGCUCUUUUGGGCCUUGUUUGUGAAAGCACUAGUGGUCUGUAACAGCUGGGACCUUUUGCAUGGGCUCCUUGACAUAGACCUUUCAAGUUUGUUUUCUUUCUGUGAAGAUCACAAUCCAGAACAUUUCCUGGGGCCCCAGAACAUGGAAAUACAUAGAUAAAAAGCUCAAGGAGGUUUCAGGUGUGUGUGUGUGUGUGUGUGUGUGUGUGUGUGUGUGGUGGGCGGGGGGGGGGGUGUCCAGGCAAUAUGAAACUUUUGGAACAUUCCAGAAUAUAUAUUUCAUGCAGGGUAGUCAAUAAAAUUUUUAACCAUCUAACUCAGUUUCUCCUUAGGCCUAUAACUAGAGUGCCAUUCUGCUUGCCUCGGGGAUUUUUAGGCCCGGUUUGAACUCCUUAAGACCCCACUCCCUACCAUCCCUAAACUGAGUCUGAGCUUUUCAUGGAAGGAGAGAUGUGUGGGAGGCUUUUUGAGGGCCCUUCCAAUGUUACCUUGUCCCCAUAGUAACAUUUCUCCCUUCCUACCUUGGAGAGAAGAGGCUGAACCAGGCUGAGGACAUUAGCUGCCUUCUAGGCGCUGUUCCCCAAUUCCUGAUGGUAGAAGACAGCUCAGACAUGCUCAGCUUUAGUCCAUUUUUGACAGGAGAUGGACAAGAGGGGCCCAGCUUGUCCCAGGCUAUGCUUAUGGGGUGGGAAUAAGGUUGCAAGUGUAGUACAAAGUUGAGUGAGCAGCACACAGUUCCUAAACAGGGAGACUCAGACAGGACAGGAUCAGAGGUGUACAUGUCUAGGCAAGUGUCUUUGGACUUGAUCAGGACUUUAUUUCCCCUAAGCCAAACUGCUUUUCCCUCUGUUGCCCUUUAUUUAUUGCUGGGUGAAAUCCUUUACUCAUCCCAGUGCUGAGAGAGUAGGAUUUCUUGCUUCCUUCUGAGGUUCUAAGCAUUUGGUUCACAGGAUGUACCUUACCUACUAUAAUGGUUCUAGCAUGAGCCAAAAUGUAUAAGAAUAGCCUGCCUAAAGCCAGUGAAUUGUCCAUUUAGUCAUUAUUAACUCCACAUACAUAUAAAACCGUAUGUACAAUGUGUGUGUGUGUGUGUGUGUGUGUGUGUGUGUGUGUAUGUGUGUAAUAGCCUGAGGCUGAGGCAGCAAGGGUGGAGCCCAAAUGAGUGGCCAUCACAUUCCCUUUUCGGAAAAUCGUGAGGGUAGGAGACUGUGUCUUGGACCUUUGGGCUUCCUGGAAGGUCACCAGAUCCCAUGAAGAGAGGCUGAGAGAAUGGACAACUGGUCAGUGGUGGUGCUACUUGAAUUCACUCUCUCUUGAAUUCAGUUCACGAGAAAAGUGGGCUCUCUCCUGGCCUUCGUCUCCUCUCAGUUCUCCGCCCUAUGAUGAGGUCACACACUGCCACCCGACUAUGGUCAGGAUCCUAGGAGAAGGCUGGCCUUGCCUGCCCUCAGGCCAUGCUUGUAGCCCUGGCAGCCAUAGGGGUUGAGCAGAGAACUGAGGGUCCCUCUGUGUUAAGGACCUGCGUUUGGACUGCAUGAACUUGCAUAUGCUGAGAACACUCUGCACUCAUCCCCAAGAAGCCAGUGCAGAGUGCACCACGCAUCAUGAAGUCAUCGUGUCACUAUGCAUCUAGCCAUCAUGCCACUCUCUCUUAAGGCCAUCUGAACCUGAGGUCCUGACACUCACUAGUCUUGAGAGGAGGAAACAGAUUCACAGAGAUGAUGUCACCUUCCCAAAGUCACAUUACAGGUAAAUGAUAGGCAAUCUCAAUUCUUCCCUCUGUUCAGGACCCACAGAGCACAUGAUUCCCGGUCACUGGGCUAGACCCUCUGCAGAGCUCAUGGAUUUAGACUGACAGAGUCACAUUCUCACACAGCUUACUCUAGGACAAGUCAGAAUGUCAAGUUUCACCACCCAAUGGCUUCCUAAGUGAUUCCCGUGUGAUGCCAGAGGAUUGUCAUUUGCCUUAUCUUCACAGCUAGACUUGGCUAGUCCCAUUGCCAGGAAACACUCAGAGACUAAGCCACUUGUCUAAAAUCAAACAGUAAUGAGUGAGCUUGUUCCACUUUAUCACACUGCUAAGAAAGCACAGAGGUAGGACCAGGGCAAUCAGAAAGGCUCUCCAGAGGAGGUGACAUUUGCUCUGGGUUUUGAAGGAUGAAUAGGAGUUCUGAAGUUAAAGGAGAAAAUAAUUAAACUAAAGAGAAGUCCAUAAGCCAAGGUAUAAGGGCUGAAAGACUUAUACCAAUCCAUCCAGACUCUUCCAAUCCAUCCAGAGCACAAUGGGCAGCUAUCCAAGAGAGACAAAACUGAUGAGUAGACUAUAAAGCCAAUACUUCUUCCAAAUUUUUAUGAUAACUGAAAUUUGGUUUUCCCUUUCGAGACUCAGCUGAAACAUCACUACCUCCUGGAAGCACUCCACUUACCCAGGCUGGGUUAUGUGCCCCUCUCCUCUGGGCUCCCACAGUCCCUACUCUCCUUCCACCAUGGUCCUGGGCAUUAUCAAAAGUCCCUCCACACAUCCCAGCUCCCUGGCUGUGAUCUCCCUGGUUCUGCUCUGCCACCUCAGGACCCACCAUUUCCACUAAGCAUCCAGGGGUCUUCUAGACAAUCCUACAUGGCCAUCCUUUGGCCCCUUUCACUCUGAACUUCUUCACCCUAAGAGUGCUGGUAAGACCUCAGCUUGUCCCCUCUUUCUCACCCACCCCCCUUUGUUCAGCCCAGCAGGCACCCUGUUGAAUGCCCCACAACCAUGUUCUCUGUAAACCUUCCCCACACUCCUCAGACCCCUAAACCCACUCCUGCUGCCCAUCACAGUAGAAGCCUCUGCCGUUUUCUGCCUGGCCUCUUUGGAUUUCUCUGCAUAUGCCUCAGUGUCCUCCCGACCCUCCCACCUCCAGAAAAAGCCGCCACCUCCUUCCAAAGCCAAUCCAGGUGCCCUUCCUGUAGGCCUCGCCUUUACCUGCCUCCUCCAAGAUGCCCUGCCCCAUUCCAUCAGUUAUGUCUUUUUUCUCUCUACUUUAGACGGAUAACCUCCCUUUCAUUCAUCCUCCAAUAUUUUGAAAGCAUCCUGUUAUGGGCUGAAUGUUUGUGUCCCCCCAAAUUCCUAUGUGGAAGGCCUAACCCCUCAAUAUGCUAUUUGAAAGUGGGGUCUUCGGGAAGUUAUUAGAUUUAGAUGAGGUCAUGAGAUUGGGUCCCCCAUGGUGGCAUCAGUGUCCUUAUAAGAAGAAAAAGAGAGCAGAGUUCUUUCUCUCUCUCCACGUGAGGACACAGCGAGGGCGUGGCUGUCUGCAAGCCAGGAAGCAGGCUCCCACCAGAAACGGAAUCUGCUGGCACCUUGAUCUUGGACUUCCCGGCCUCCAGGAUUGUAAGAAGUUCAUAUCUGUUGUUUAAGCCCGCAAGUCUGUAGUGUUUCACGGUGGAGCCCAAGUUAAGACAUGCCCUCUACGCGCUGCACUUCCCGUGUCCCUUUCCUGGCCCUCCCUGUUUCUUAACUUGGUCUGACUUGACUCCCUCUCACCACUCAGGAGGGAACUGCUCCAGCCGAGGUCGUCGACCACGUUCUUACUGCCAGGACUCCUCUUUUCCACAUUCAGCAGCACUGAGCACUGUCUCUUUCUUGACCCCAUAGCAGUAGAGCCCAGACAUUUCACAGCCACCAGGUUGACAAAAAUGAAAAAGUCAGGUAAUAGCAAGUGUUGGUGAAAGUGGGAGUGACAGGAGUGCUUCUGCACCACCAGUAGGAGAGAGACCCGAUUCACUGUGGAGAGCAGUAAUGCGAAGAUGCUCAUAUCACAUUGCCGCGUCGUUCCCUCGGUGGUAGAUGGAACAAUGGCCCCCACAGCUGUCCACAUCCUGAACCCGGAGCCUGAGGCUAUGUUAUCUCCCAUGGCAGACAUGAAUUUGCAACUGUGAUUAAGUCAAGGAUCUGGAGAUGGGGAACUUGUCCACCCUAUGUAAUCACAAGGGUCCUUAUAAGAGGAAGGCAGGAGAGUCAGAAUCAGAGAAGAUGAGACAACGGAAGCAGAGGGUCAGAGUCAGAGAACUUUGGAGAUACUGUGUUGCUGGUGUUGAAGAUGUAGUGAGGAGCCACAAGCCAAGGAAGGCGGGUGGCUUCUAGAAGCCAAAAAAUUCAAGGAAAUGGAUUCUCCCCUAAAGAGGGACGGUGACCUUGCCAAAACCUUCCCUUCAGCCCAGUGAACCCCGUUCGGACUUCUGACACCCAGAGUUGUAAGAUAAUGAAUGUGUGUCGUUUUAACCCGCUAGUGUUGUGGUCACUUGUUACAGCAGCCAUAGGAAACUAGUACAAACUCCUGGGAAUGUUCACUCUCUCGAACGAGGAUUCAUGAACCAGAAUGUUCACAGCAGCUCGAUUUGUCAUAACAAAGAACUGGAAGCAACCCAACUGUCCAACACCAGGAUAGUGACAGGAGCUACCCUACCUUUAUGUAAUGGAAUGCUUCGUACUCUACAGCAAUGGAAAUGGGUGGACUAUGGAUACACAUGUCAAUUUGGAUGAAUCUCACAAACAAGCUGAGUAAAAAGGCAGCCUCAGAAGAGUACAUUCAGCAUAAUAUGAUGUUGAUAUAAAAUUUAGAAACGUAAAACUAUACUUCACAUUGCUUGGAGUUACAUACAAAGUAAAGUAUGGGAACAAUAAAUACCAAAUUCAGAAGCACGGUUGUAUGGCAGAAGAGGGAUGGAAUCAGAGAGGAGGCAGAGGGGACUUAAAUGGUGUUCAGAGAGAAUUCAAUUUCUUUUUUUAAAAUAUAUAUUUUUAUUGAUUUCAGAGAGGAAGGGAGAGGGAGAGAGAGAAACAUCAAUGAUGAGAAAGAAUCAUUGAUGGGCUGCCUCCUGCAUGCCCCACACUGGGGAUCAAGCCCGCAACCCGGGCAUGUGCUCUUGACCAGAAUCGAACCUGGGACCUUUUAGUCCACAGGCCGAUGCUCUAUCCACUAAGCCAAACUGGCUAGGGUGAGAAUUCAAUUUCUUAAGCUGAGUGGGGGUACACAGGUGUACACUGUAUUAAUCUUUACACUUUUGGUGUAAACUUUUAUGUAAAAUUAAGACAUUUUUAGGGUCUAUUUUUAGAACUUAGCUUUGGAGUUAGAUAGACUUGGAUCUCAUUCUGAGCUCUGAACUUCCUAUGUGACCCAGCGUCAAUCACUUAAUUAUAUCAUAUGUAAAAUGAGAAGUUGAAGGAUUAGGUGACUUUAUAUAAGCGUCUAGCAUGAUGACUAGUCAGUGCUCCAAAAACAGCAGCUGCAAUCGGCUUAUCUUUCUGGAAAUGCUCUCUUGGUUUGUAACUAAUGGAACAACCAUCUUCCAGGAAAUUCCAGGAGUUGACUGUGCAAAGGGACGCUUCACCUCCGUGGUUCUCCUCCCUUCUUCAGUCUUUAAAUUCAUUGUUCUCCAGCCCUAGCCAGUUUGGCUCUGGAUAGAGUGUUGGCCUGUGGACUGAAAGGUCUGGGGUUCAGUUCUGGUCACGGGCACAUGCCUGAGUUGUGGGCUCAAUCCCCAGUAGGGGGCAUGCAGGAGGCAGCUGAUCAAUGAUUCUUUCUCAUCAGUGAUGUUUCUCUCUCUCUGUCCUUCUCCCUUCCUCUCUGAAAUCAAUAAAAAUAUAUUUUUAAA